AUGGCUACCCCUCCAUCGGCGAGAGGCAAUGAUAGCCCCCCCGAAGACAACAUCCAAGAAAUCAUCCGCGUCUCGGCCAACCACGACAUACGGGCACUGCAAAGGUGUAUCGAUCGAUAUUCCUUCCCAGACUGCAGAGUCGUCGAUGUCCAAGAUCCGAUCACCGGAUUCUCGCCGUUGCAUGCCGCCAUAGCAGCCUGUGCCAAACAAGUCAAUGGAGAUUCUAUUCCUUCCCCGCCCAAUGAAGAGAGCGGAACCCGAUUUCUCAAGUUCUUGCUCGAGAAUGGCGCGAUCUGGAACCAGCUAGACAAGAACGAUGAGACCCCGGGAUGCAUUGCCUAUCGCCUGGGCUUACAUGAUCUCUAUCAAAUCAUGGUUGAUGCCGGGGUUCGUGCCGAAAUGGUUCUCAACCGCCUGGAAGGGUACACGAGACUACGUGACGAUGAAGACGACGACCAAGUCAACGGGGCCGAAGAUUCAGAAAAUCAAGACAGUUCGGAAGCCAACAAUUCACAGGAACAUGUCGCUAGUUCUGUCUACCUCUCCUCAGCACUCUCAAUCGGCGACAAUAGACUCCUGGAUGAACAACAAAACGGGGUGAUGAUGGCAUGGGAAAGCGACAUUAUGCUUCAGUCUGCUAACGCUCUGCUAUCGGAACCGGGGUUGAACAUCUUGAAUAUCGGCUUUGGGAUGGGCAUCAUCGAUACACACAUCCAAAACCAUGUCAACAAACCCAACAACCACCAUAUCGUGGAAGCUCACCCCGAAGUCCUCGGUAACAUGGAGAGGGAUGGAUGGAUGGCGAAGCCCAAUGUGGUCGUGCACAGAGGGAAAUGGCAAAAUAUCCUCCCACAACUCAUUGAAGAGGGCGAGACCUUCGACGCCAUCUAUUUCGACACGUUUGCCGAGUCAUACAGCGCCUUCCGCGAUUUCUUUUCGGAGCAGGUGAUCGGCCUCCUGAACCCGAACGGGCGGUGGUCUUUCUUUAAUGGCAUGGGCGCCGAUAGACAGAUCAGCUACGACGUGUAUCAGAAGGUUGUCGAGUUUGAUUUAUUUGAAUCCGACUUCGACGUGGAAUGGGAGACGGUCGACCUCCCCAAUCUGACAGGGGAAUGGGAAGGCGUCCGCCGAAAAUAUUGGGACAUCGAUCGCUAUCGAUUGCCCAUUUGCAAAUUCAUGGAUUGA